AUGGGGCUUCAAAACGGCAAAGGAAAACUGGUAAGGGAGGGCAUGAAAGAAAGGGUAAACAUGAAAGAAAAAAGCAAGCACGAAAAAGAGAAGGAGCCCAGAAAAAAACUGGAAGCUUUUGCGCAUAGAAGGAGGAAGCGAAAAGCUGAGCAAAGAGGGAGCAUAAAGGAGGAAGGUGGCGGCCAGAAAAACCAGUGGGAAGAGGCGAUAGGUGGAGAAGCAAGAACAGAAACCAAAAAGAAGAGAAGAAAGUCUCUCCAAACCGUGAGGAAAACCAAAAAGAAAAAGGAGGAAGGAGUGAGGCGGAGGGACGUUGGAGGCAUUUUCUGGGGACGGGCCGCUAGGAAGAGAGAAAAAGAACCAGUGGCAGCAAAAGGCGAAACUAGAAACGAAAAAAGAAAACCAAAAAACUGGCAAGGAAACCGGCAGAAAGGGAAGGCAGCAGCGAAAAAAAGAAAAGAAAAGGAGUAG